ACAGUCAGAAUUUCAUGAACCAGAAAGGGAGGAAUGUAUGAGUAGGUCGUACUGUAGAGCGAAAGGUAUACAUUCAUAUAGAAAGGACACAUCAUUCUGUGAUAGGACCAACAGAAGAUGUUAUUCAUGACACACAGAAGGCAAACGUCUACACAAGUUUGUGAGCGGUGAUAAUUUGAUGACAAUAUAAAAAUAUCAAAUACGUCUAAAUAAAUACGAAACUAGUGAGUCAAAAGAUAAUAUGCUUUGAUGAUAAUGAAAUAUUGCUUGCCGUCUUAUAUUUCAAAAUUCUUCUUUAGAUACAGAGCUGGCUAAAUUCGGGUCUAAGUUUAUUUGCAGAAAAAAUGGGAGAGUUUUGAAGUCCGUAUAGGGAAGACAAAAACAAAACAAAACAUAACAUAACAAAACAAAAAACAAUAAUAAAAACACAUCCGUUCAUGAGGUUGGGAUACAUAAAUUAUGAUAUAUUGUUUGCCAGCAAUGCCAAUAGCACACUCUGCAGAGAUAAUAAAACCCCUAGACUUAUCUUAACGAUAUGUCAAUCCAACACGUUAACACACACACAUAUCAAAGAAAGUAACAGAUCCAUAAGAAACACACAAAGUUCACAUGGAAAACACUCAAUUUACCCAGUACGCUAUAGAAACUUGGACAGAAACAUUUACCAGUUUUAAUCUAUUUGAAACAUUGCCUUUUCACUGGAAAAGUACAUAUUUAAAGAAGUCUGUGCAAAUAAAAAAGUCUUUGCCCACUGAGUCCGUUUUCUUCUUGAAUCUAGAGGCACUGUCUUUUGUUGCUUUAAACAGGAGGUAUAAAAAAAGGAGGGGUGGGGUGAAAGGAUCUUACAGGGAAGAGACCUUGUCUCCCACAUUUAUGCCUCCAUCUAAACAGUUUCUAAAGCUUGGAGCCAUCAGCAGGUUAUUUAUAUACACCCUCUCCAUGCAGUGAGUUUAAUGACAUUCAGCUGACUUGUUAAGACCUGACUCGCCCCUGAAAAUCGAAGUCAAGCGGCCAACAGAACAAAGGACAAGUACACGCUUGACAUACCAUGUAUGAUCACAAAUCACGUUGACACCAAAAGAUAAGAUAUGCAGCUGACAUAUACCUAUGUCUAUCUUCAUGAACAGGGAAGCGAAGUAAUGACACUCGACAAAGUCACAGCUCGUGACUCGCUGUAUGACUCCUACUUAACGUGCCGUUGCCGCAAUUAGUCAUGUUUUUGAAAAUCGCGUGACGGGGUGGGAAGUGAAGGGGUUAAUGGUAUUUUACACAGAGCCAGCAACUAUAAGACACAGCAGCCGACUCUGUAAACGUCUACCACGUGCAGAAGAAUAAAGGUCCCCAAGACGACAUCGUGCGCCAUAUGCGACUCGAAGAGUAAGAAGGAAUAAACUGAGCUAAGACGACAUCGAAGCUCAGAACAAUCGGUCCUCGCUGCCUUGGUGCCACGUACUUUAAACGCUGCGCCCCCGAAAUGUCCAUUUCAAGCAACAACCAUCUUGAGUUGUCUGAGUCUUACUCCAUGUGGUAAGGACAACAUCACAGACGUGUUGGAUGGUCACGUGACAACGUUCACAUGCAGUGGUGGAGUCCACCAGGAAGGGCUGGAGUGGAGGAUUGUAAUGGCAGAUGUAACAGGAACCACACUGCUAGGAGUCUGCCAAGCGGGUACGAAGUCCAACACGACUACAUUAAGGAAUGUGUACCUGUUAACUUUAUGUGAUGAAGAGAGGACCACCGUGUCAGUCAGUCUUGUGAACAACACAAUGAGAGAUAAGCUGGUCCAGACAGUCAACGGAAGUCUGCAGUGUGGCAAACAAAACAUCAUUAGCUGCGGUCUCAACUUUAUCUAUCCUGCAGAGAAUGUGUCAUGCCGAGGGGAAAAAACUUCAAUAUCUGUCAGUGUGUUAUGUCAUAUUGGACGCAUCUACUCAUCAAGAAGAAUCUACAGGUGUGAGUUGUUUCUUUCAGCAAAGAACGGAAGUCUUCAGACUGCGGACAUGACGACGUUUACGACGAGCGAUAAGAUAGCAGAAGAUGACGUGAAGGUGUCUGGCUUCUGUCAGUUUAACAUCUCGCUCCCAGCAGAAGAUCACAACUCUUUCUACUUUGUGUCUGUCUCGCCUGGUAGAGGGAGUCACGUGGUAAUGUUUCCUACAAGCAAACAGGAAAAUACCGAUGAUCAGACCAGAGAAACAACUGCUUUCAAUUCAAAAAAGAUCAUCAUAGUGACGAGUUCCACGGUGUUUGUUUGUGCUGCUGGUGUUCUCAUCUCAGUCGUGGCUAUUCAUCUCCAUCACUUUAUCAAAAAGAAAAAAAGAAGAGCACUUCAAAGAUCACAGCACCAGUCAUCCGGGGAGACAGCGACGAUACAACCACAUGGUGCUCUAGGAGCUAAAGGAGAAAACCAGCAGAACCCGAGGGAAGAAAUAUUUUAUGAAAUUCCUUGGGACACAGAUACGAGAAAGCCAGCCUGGGGUGUAGUGCAAAGUCCAGACAUAGUCUUGAAACAUAAGUCUGUGGUGUCGUGUCAAGGAGAGGAUAUGUCUACUAAGGAAGGAUCGCAUGAUGACCAGACUGACAACACCUCAGACACUUUUCCCGCUUUGAAGAGCUUAAAAGUCUGUUCACAAAGAUGUGUCACCAUGGGAACAGCAAUCCACUCUACAAUGAAUUCCGAGACUUCCGAAGCACGUGAACUUGAAUGAAACAUGGAAGAUGGCGAGAUGACGGGGUCGCUCUUCUUCCGGUUCAGUGCAGAUGAGCAUCUGCACGUGCGAGAAAUAGCCAAGUACAGGCUAGCUACAGUUGAACCACUUCCUCUGCUCCAGUAAUAGAACAGGACAGUGAGAUGUGCGAGAAUGAGCUUCAACAUCUGUGCACACAUGGAUCCAUGUUUAGUGACUUAAGCUGAGUUUGACUACCCCGCCUUCGUGGGUCAUUUUGUUUUCACUUUAAAGCUGUAAUCACACUCACAUAGCGUUUACUGGCGAAUGAAGUCUUAGCGAUCCUUCUUGUAGAUUCUGGGAACGAAAGCAUCACUCAUCUUCAUCGAUAUACUCUAACCAGUGUUAUCAUGAAAUCUCUGAUUUAAUUAAUCAGAGUGCAAAGCAUUUAUGGGAGGAUAAAAUCGUAAUCUCAUUUAUUAAUUCUUACUUUAUAUAUAUAAGCAUGGCUGUCUGAAAUAACUGCUUGGGAUUAAAAAAAUAAAUGAUGGAGAUUUUAAAAUUUUCAAGAUGGCAAUAACACUUGGGGAGGGAAUAUUACUGAUUAUAAUAAAACUGUUACGAGAAUAGGUGUCUAUUCUUUCAGUUUGUGGUACCUUCACAAUACUUCUUUUUACUAGUAAUAAGUUACUGAGCUUCAGUAGCUUUGCAUUAAAACAUGCCCUGUGGUGCAG